AUGGAGAAACCAUUAUUGAUAGCAUUUUGGGUUGUUCAACUGAUCAUCAUCCCUUUCUCUACUUGUUUGGUGCAUCGCAGCCAGUUUCCUCCUACGUUUCUUUUCGGAACUGCAACAUCUGCUUAUCAGAUUGAGGGAGCCUACUUACAAGGUAACAAAAGCUGCAGCAAUUGGGAUAUAUUCACUCAUUUGCAAGGAACCAUCAAGGAUGGAAGCAAUGCAGACAUUACUGUUGAUCACUAUAAUCGUUACAUGGAAGAUGUGGAGUUGAUACACUCCCUUGGAGUAAAUAGCCAUAGAUUCUCCAUUUCAUGGUCCAGAGUCCUCCCUAGAGGAAGAUUUGGAGAACCUAAUCAGGAGGGUAUUGGAUUCUACAACAGCCUAAUCAAUGCCCUCUUAAUUAGAGGAAUAGAACCAUUGGUUACACUAAGCCAUUUUGAUAUUCCUCAAGAACUUGAAGAUCGAUAUGGCGCGUGGUUGAACUCGCAAAUACAGCAAGAUUUUGGAUAUUUUGCCGAAACUUGUUUCAAAGCUUUUGGUGAUAGAGUGAAGUAUUGGAGCACAUUCAAUGAGCCUAACCUAAUGGUGAAGUAUGGUUAUCUCACUGGGGGACUUCCACCUAACCAUUGUGCCAAGAUCCAAACAUCAUCAGAUCAUAAUGAUCAUUGCCAAUCUGGAAACCCUGCUAUUGAACCCUAUAUUGCUGCACACAGUCUUAUAUUAUCUCAUGUCACUGCAGUUGAUAUUUACAGGGAAAAAUAUCAGGUUACGCAAAGAGGUAUGAUUGGAAUUGUGAUGAACUCAAUUUGGUAUGAGCCUCUAAGAAAUAUUUCAUCAAAAGAUCAUUCAGCAGCUCGAAGGGCACUUGCUUUUCACAAUGCAUGGAUACUGGACCCUAUAAUAUUUGGUGACUAUCCUCCUGAAAUGCAACAAAUUUUGGGUCCAAGAUUACCAAAGUUCUCUUUAGAAGAGAAACGGACGUUGAAGAACAAAUUGGAUUUUAUUGGAAUUAGUCAUUUUACAAGUCUAUAUGCCCAAGAUUGCUUGUUUUCUCAAUGCAGCACUGUUACUUCACAAACGGACGCCUUCGUGCUUGUCACCGGAGAAAGAGAUGACGGCACCUUCAUAGGAAAACCUACAGCAAUGCAAGAUUUAUAUGUGGAUCCUUCUGGUUUGGAAAAUAUAAUAAUGUACUACAAGGAAAGAUACAACAACAUUCCUAUGUUCAUCACUGGAAAUGGGUAUCCAGAUGCAAACAAUCCUACCACUUCUGUUGACGAUUUUGUAAUUGACACAGAGAGGGUACAUUACUUGAAUGAUCACUUGACUUCCAUUACCAUGGCCUUAAGGAAUGGAGCUGAUGUAAGAGGUUAUUUCAUAUGGUCCCUACUUGAUAGUUUUGAAUGGAUAAAUGGUUAUACUUUGCGGUUUGGCCUUCACUAUGUAGACAACACAUUGGAGAGAAUACCAAAACUAUCUGCAAUGUGGUAUAAGCAAUUUCUUGGUGGAAUGAAGAUGGUGACACCAAAGCUCGACAACGAAGUUCAAAGCAUAUAA